CUCGUCGGAGCCCUCCCGCUCCGUGACGCCUCUCCAGCGGGUCGUCUGAGCGCCUUCCCCGCCACUUCAUUUCAGCCUCACCCCUCUCUCCACCUUCAGGAUAAAUUGUCCGGCUCUGAACACCGGCUCCUCCACAGGGGUUCAAACCGGGCCUGAUGGCGCACGAGGUCGUGACCUUAUUUUCCCUCUGCGCGGUUCUGACGGGGAUUGAGAGCAAGUUGACUUCUGUACAUGAGUGCUGUGAGGCUGGAAGGGCCUUGGCCCUGAGGAAGCAGGACUGCACGGCGCUCCCACGUCUCAGCUCCCACAUUUGCAGCAUUGCCAAGGAGCACUGCUGCCGGGCCUUAGCAAGAAAGCGAGCCUGCGACACUGGCGUUAAGAUGGCCCGUGGUGGCAGGGCCUGCGAGCGGCCCCUCUUCACAGGACCCAGCUGGGAAACGCAAAUCUCACAGUCGUGCUGCGACUGCUGCACUCUGGGUCUGAGAACGGACAGCAUGGGCUUCAGCUGCGACUUCCAGGACCUGCAGCUGGACAAGCAGUGCUCCAACGCGGCUAAAGUCUGCUGUGAGAAACCCCAGGACGUCAGCCCGUCUGCGAAAGGACAAGAAGAGCUUAAAGUCUCCAGGCCUCCAGACGAUCCAAAUACCUGCAGAGAGCUCAACUGCUCUCAGCUGUGCGCAGGUGACGGAAGAUGCGUCUGCAGCGACGGUUUCCGGCUGCAAAAGGACGGAGUGACGUGUGAGGACGUGGACGAGUGUCUGGUCGCCAACGUGUGCGGCAGCCACGCCUGCGUGAACCUGGACGGGUCGUACCGCUGCGAGUGCAGAGCGGGCUACCGCUUGAGCAACGUCACCGAAGUCUGCGAAGAUAUCAAUGAGUGCAAGUUUCAGUCCCAGCGACUCUGCGGGCACAUAUGUGAGAACACAGAGGGGUCUUAUCGGUGCAGGUGCAUAUCCGGCUUCAGGCUGGCUCCGGACGAAAGGACCUGCGAAGAUAUCGACGAGUGCCUGACCGGACGUCACAACUGCACCAGAGGUCAGCUUUGCCUCAACACCAAGGGCUCGUUUCACUGCCAGCGCGAAAUCGCCUGCAGCACCGGCUAUAAACUCUCGGGCAGCUCUUGCCAAGAUAUUGAUGAGUGCUCUGCCCACACCAGUCCAUGCCAGCCCGGCCGGACGUGCGUCAACACGGUGGGCUCCUACAGCUGCCACACUAAUGCGAUCACAUGCCCGCGAGGGUUUCAUCUGAGCGUGAACGGCACACGGUGUGAAGACGUGAAUGAGUGUAUGGUUGGCAGUAAGUGUGCCAAGCAUGUGUGUGUGAACCUGGAGGGACUGUACCGCUGCGAGUACAGAAGUGGCUACAUGUUCAACAGCGUCACCAAGCUGUGCCAAGACAUCAACGAGUGCACCCAUUACCCCGGCCGACUCUGCGCCCACAAGUGUGAGAACACAGAGGGGUCGUACCGAUGUAGCUGCGCAACCGGCUUUAAGCUGGCCUACGGCGGCAGAGGCUGCGAAGACAUCGACGAGUGUGAGGACAAACCCUGCAGCCAGGAGUGCACCAAUGUCUACGGCUCAUAUCAGUGCUACUGUCGCAGCGGUUACCAGCUGAACGACGUCGAUGGGAUAACGUGUGAAGAUGUUGAUGAAUGCACGCUGCCAAACCUAUGUUCUUACCAAUGCAUCAACACGCCUGGUGAUUUUAACUGCACCUGCCCCACCAGCGGUUACACACUUUCGUACGACGGACGUACUUGUCAGGACAUUGAUGAAUGUGCUGCAGGAACUCAUUCUUGUUCUGCCAAGGAGACCUGCUUUAACGUCCAGGGAGGAUUUCGCUGUCUGUCCUUUGAGUGUCCGCCUAACUUCAGGCGAGCAGGAAAGGGGUCCGCAGGUAACGCGUCCGCCGUGGUGCGUUGCGUCAAAGCGUGCCAGGAACACGACGGCGAAUGCGCUCGCGACCCCGUCCACAUCAUCACCUCCAUGGCCCUGUCUCUGCCGACCUUUCAACGCUUAAAGGAGCCAGAGGAGAUCGUGUUGCUGCGGACGUCCGCGGAAGCGAAGCGAGAUCUUCUCCCGGAUGAGCCGGAUGUGUCGUUUGACAUUUUAGCAGACGACGACUUGCUCUCUUUCGACGUGAUAAAGCGUGCGCAAAACGGCAUGAUUGUCGGGGUAAUCCGCCAGAUCAAACCCGUAUUGGGGCCGAAGGAGCUCAUUCUGGAGGCGUCUAUGAAGUACGUCCAGUCAGGAGUCGUUUCCCAACAGAACGUCAUCCUCAUUCACGUCUUCAUCUCCGAGUUCUGGUUCUGAGAAGGGAAUGUCAAAGUUUUAUAGAUAAUUCUAGUGGAAAAAAAAAUUACAUAAUUAAUGUAAAUACAAAUCAACAAGGAAUGUAGUGGUGGAUUUCUGUUUGUGUUUAGGUUGUUUGCACAGUUUGAAUUUAGUUACAGGUGUUGAUAGUAACCGGAGGAGGUUACUAUCAUGCAAGGAGAGAUUUUUAUGCUCCACAGUCUUCAGCCUCUGUGAGGUCCUAUGCACGCACAGCCUGGUUUACGUUUCAGGCAAAUUGCAUUUUUAAAUUUUGUAUUUUUGCAAAGGCGACACUAUGGCCGACAGAAAAUUGCUGAUUUACAGGUGAAAGUUUUUGUCAGUCUAAAUGAUCAGAUACAAAUAGCCAUAAAUCUCCACGAUAUGCUACUAAUGUUACUUAAAAAAUAUAUAACACCAGAAUAUUUUAUAUUAUUUCCAGGUGAAAUUAGAGUAUUUCUGUGGUUCUACAACAUGAAGCAACAUGGAGGAUGUUGAUGCUAACUAUAAACUCCUCACACAUAUAUUGAUACUUGUAAUUUCUAGCUGUAGUCACACUGCGUACAUUUCUACAGACACUUGCUCUUACAAUGCUAUGCUUUCAUUUUUCUUUUGACUGGAAAUUAACUCAAUAUUUUGUGGGCUUGCUUCUUCUGAUGCCAGACUUCUGCAUUUAAGUGCUUCUAUAUAACUGAAGCAAUUGUGUUUUGUACCAUUUAUAUAUAUAUAUAUAUAUAAAUUUGUGAAACCCUGUUA